AUGAGGUUCUCGUCGAUUGCCUUGACGGCAUUCGCUGCUUCGGCGACCCUCGCCCAACCGCACGUCCACAAACAUCGACACCUGCACGAGCACAAGGAGCGCGAUGUGACCGAAACCGCUUGGACAGCUGGCCCGACUGCCUACGUUUAUAUGCUCAAUGGCCAGGAACUUUCGCCCGGAGAGGUGUGCGAAGGUCUGGAGGAUCAUGAAUUGAAGUUUGUGGAUGGUCAAGAUCCCGGCGUUUGCUCCCAGGCCUCAACGACUUCCAGCACCUGGUCUUCGACGACCACGACUUCAACCGAAUCGAGUACAACCCCCUCGACCACCACUACCUGGUCGACACCUGCCUCGUCCUCCCCACCGGCCGAGUUCUUCCAGAAUCCAUCUUCUGCAGCUUCGUCCAGCCCAACCGGGUCUGCUAGUUCUAGCUCUGCUUCUGCUCAAUCUUCCUCGGUGUCCUCUGGCGGCACUGGCAUCACUGCUGCGUUUCCCGACGGUCAGCUUGACUGCAGCACUUUCCCUUCCCAAUAUGGCGCCGUCGCCCUCGACUAUCUCGGAAUGGGCGGCUGGGCUGGCUUGCAAGCGGUUACUAUUGCAGGUGGCUUGGUUAACCACAUUGUGACGGGUGUUUCAGGCCAGUCUUGCUCAGAGGGAAUGAUGUGCUCGUAUGCUUGCCCGCCGGGCUAUCAGAAAUCCCAGUGGCCUUCCACUCAAGGUGCUACCGGUCAAUCUGUUGGUGGCCUCUCUUGCUCAGGCGGCAAGCUUCACCUGACAAAUGCGGGUCUCUCGAACAACCUUUGCAUUCCUGGUGUUGGUGGUGUCCAAGCUACCAACGAUGCUAGCGGUGUCGUUGCCAUCUGCCGUACCGAUUAUCCUGGAACUGAGUCCGAAACCAUCCCAGUCGAACUUCAACCUGGCGAAACAGAGCCAUUGACCGUUCCUGAUGCGGCCACCUAUUAUGAGUGGCAAGGACAAUCAACUUCUGCACAGUAUUAUCUCAAUCCUAUUGGAAUAUCUGCCGCUCAGGGUUGCCAAUGGGGAUCACCCGGGGAAAACCUUGGUAACUAUGCCCCCAUCAACUUUGGUGUGGGUGCCAAAGGGGGUGUCACCUGGUUAUCGAUUUUCCAAAACUCUCCAACAACCAAUGCCCAGUAUCAAGGCACUGUUGAGUUGCAGGGUAAUCUGUCUGGAUCUUGCAAAUACUCGAACGGUCAAUAUUGCGGUGCUACUGGAUGCAACUCGCAAGGAUGCACUGUCUCCGUCAUAUCGGGCACUGCAACCUAUGUCAUCUCCAACUAA